AUGAUCUGUGUGGAGUGUAAGAACCCUAAUGUCAAACAUGCCUACUCCAAGUAUAAGGGUGAUUACAUCAAGUUAGACGUGUGUUCAGUAUGCAACCAUGUUGUUGACAAGUAUGUGGAGUAUGAUAAUGUCUUGCUCUUCAUCGAUCUUAUGUUGCUCAAACCUCAGGCUUAUAGACACUUGUGCUUCAACCUUACCGAAAACGAAAUGACAGCCCCAAAAAUCCCUACACGUACACCGAAAGGACACAAAGGCAAGAAAAUGAGUCUAGAGAAACAGACGUGGAAGUUAGGCCAAAUCACUCGGUUCUUGAUUCUUGAUAUCUUAUUCGAAGUGUACUUAUUAUGGGCUUACGAAGAAAAGAAACACCAACACACCCAAAUUAUGAACGUCAUAUUACUGCAGGAGUUGCAUAUGCAGUAUUUACUCUUCACUGUCAAGGUUGUUUUGGACCAUGUGUUUUUCAAUGCCGCUCUCCAACUCAUAUUUUUCCAGUUUCUUGGUUGGAACAAAAUGCACAAUGGAAACAUCCACCAAAACCAACAGAGACUUUACCAUUCACUAGUUCUACUAACAGACAUUCUUGUGGCCAAUUCUAUUAAACUACUCCCAAUUCUCAUGUUGAUAUGGCCGUAUGAUAAGACCCUUGAGUCUUCAAAAAUCGUGCUUGCAAUCUCCAUUCUUAAUGUGAUUGAGUCCCUCAAGACCAUUUCAAACGUGGGCUACGUCAAAAUCGCUAUCACCUUCGGCGUAUGUAUCGUAUUCCAAAAGGUCAUGACAAGCACGAUUGUAGGCUUGAUAGUAAGCCAGAUGACCAAUUUUGAGUUCUCUGAGCUUUUUUUUAAUACUUUCCAGGAGCGUGCUAACGUGAUUCAGUCAUAUACAAGGAUGUUAAAAUUACCCAAUCAUAUGGAAAUACGUUAA